AUGGAGACCAAUGAGGAGGGCAGCAGCACAACUAGCAAUGAGGAUGAGGAAGAGGAUUUCUUCAGCAACAUCACUCGGUUCCGGGAGAGCAGGAGCCACAGGUCACUGAAAUCCAAGGUGCAGAACUUGGUGAUGACCUGGCUGGAGGCCGUCUCGGAGGAGGUCCUGACGGAAGUCGCCCUUUUGGGACAGAUUAAAAGAGAUAAUACAAUGUUCACUCAAUAUUGUAAUAUCUGUAAUAAUUGUGAAGUGAUUGUUUGCAGUGCUCAGGUGCCAUACAACACAUCAGAAAAGAUGAUUCUGUCUAACACUGACUCUUUAUCUUCCCCCACACCGUCACCAGAACCUAAGAAUGGUAAGAAACCUGGACGACAAACGAACCCACUUCCUCGCCAUAAAAGAGUCUCUCAUAUCAAUGCCGAACACAGGAGGAGGAAUAAAAUCCAGAGAGGCUUUGAAACUCUGCGCCAACUUGUGCCUGCCCUCCAAGAGAACCCUUCAACCAAAGACAGUAAGGCCUCAAUGCUUUUUAAAGCGUCGGAACACUGUCGACAACUUCAGGCCGAAUCUAAGGCCCAGAGAGAUGAGGCAUGUGCCCUGCGGCAACAGUUAGGUGCCUUGACUGACGAGAUUCAAAAACUGCAGUUGCAACUCCCCGAUUCUGGGGUGGAUCGGGUGAGCUACCCUAAAACCGAUUUGAGGAACUUGUUUCAAGAAUAUGUUGAGAAUCGAACCAAACAGAACUGGAAGUUUUGGAUUUUCAGUUUUUUCAUCAAGCCAUUGUUCAACUCCUUCAACAAGAUGGUGGUGACCAAAACAACGCAGAGUUUUUUAGAAAGUUUACAUUGUUGGCAGGAAGAAUUUCUUUCAUUGACCAAUUUGAGACAGGGUUUCUUGAAGGCCUUCAGGCAGAUUAGUAUUAAAACUUCGAUAAUGCACGACCCAGAGAAGCUUCCGGAAGAAUCCCAGAAUGGAGUCAGCUUAUUAUUUGCCUCUGAUGAUGGAAGUGACAGCCCGGUCCCUGCUCCUUCGCCCAGUUCGUUAUCAUCUCGUGUCAACCACAGUGGAUCGUUAACCUCCUUAUCCAUUGACACCACCACCCCGACAACACUUUCUUUCCCUUCUUCAUUAUCUUCAUCUACGUCAUCCCUGUCGCCCUUGUCAUCAUCCACCUGUUAUACGGGCUCAUCUGCCUCAUCCACUUGCUCAACCUCUUCAUCUUCCUCUGCCUCCUCUUAUAAUCUCGUUCCACCAGCAACCCUGGAGAGCAGCAUAUCACCGACGCCACCCUUACCCGAUCUCCCAGCACUGACGGAGCCUCUUAAUACUUUGUUAUUUAAUGGUAACAUAGCCGCUGCCGCUGCUGCUGCUGCUGCCGCUGCUACUUGUAAUACUGAUCCAAGGACUAUUUGCAACUACAGUACAGCUAGUAACAAUAACAACACGGCACUCAGUGCUGCCCAAUUCAACUUGGAUGAGUUACCGUUUCUAAAGAAAUGCCUAUAUAACUACAACAACAACAACAACAACAACAACAGCAGCAACAGCAGCAGCCAACAACAGCAGCAGUUGUCUGCAGACUUGUUGUAUCCGUUGGACUCUAGCUUUGUCACAGACGGCCACAGUUCUGCUGACUGGGAAGAAAGUACUUUCUUAUUAAUGCGUGAACACAUUGAGGGUUGUUUACCGUCUCUCAGUCCGUGUCCCUCUUUGCAACCAAACGUCUAUGAUCUGAUAUGAUUAACCCCCAUCGUGUAUUGGACUCCAAAUGUGGCCACCUUCAUUGAAGCCAAUCUUUGUAAUAUUUUGUGUCUUUGUGUGUGAGUUUGUUAAUGAAUCUUAAAGAAAUGAAGUUGAAUUAAUCAUUGA